AUGGCUACCGCACCGUCAAAAUCGUCCUUAGCCUCGAAGAAGGCAGUACUUGUAUCCAUAAAUGAUUCAGAAGUUCUUCGCUUUGGUCGCUUUCGUCUUGCAUACGAUGAUAAUACUAACAUAGGAUCCAUAUCACUGACAUUGGAGGCAAACAUCGCUAAUUUGAGCGGUAGAUCACAACUGGUCUUGAGAAUUUCUCCAGAAUCAGUUCAAGAAUGCACAUUAGCCAUGCCAAGCAACGUCAGUCUCUUCCCAAAUGAAUGGAUUGAUUUACUUCCCGCACAUGUUCCAAGUAUCAAGGACGUGAUAACACUGAGUCUCACACUUGAUACACCUGGCUCUGUUUACUGUCAACCUGGGAUAGAGCAUUUAUAUCCAGCUGAUCCGCUGGACUCGAAUUUCGGUAUAUUCGCAAAGAUCUGUAAAUCCAGGUUUUUGAACAUUCAUUUCUCUACACGACAAUUCAAGAGAAGCGGAGUGGCUCCGCUCACAACUUUCUCUGUUGCCUUACAGGAAAAGUGUGUUCAGGAAGACCCUUUUGAAUGUGCACGCCAGAAGGUUGUCAAGAGAGAUUGGCGUGUCUUCGGUCUCUUUACCGAACCACCCCCUUACACUGAUGGACCUACAUUCAACCAAGGGCAGCAAUCAAGUCCACCUUUAUACUCUGAAGGUUCCAAAUCCACGCCAGUGGUCAGAAAACGCUACAGAGACCAAGGGUCAAUUUCCCGUGACGAAUCUGAUUCCGAUGAGAGACAAAAGAGACCGCGUUUUUCAUCCCCAUCGUCAGUCGGCUGUCCUACGGAAGUUAACACGCCGAGUACCCAAACAUUUGCAUCCUCAUCGCCCGGCUCACCUACCGAAGCGAAUACACCGAGUAUACUCUCGCACUCACCGUCCUCAAUUCGUCCAACUCAAUUUACGUAUGCUCUAGACCGCGAGAAUCUUGAGCGUAUUGCACAAAGGCUCUGCGGUGUUUCUGAUGAUUCAAUCCGUGAAGUGUUAAUGCAAUCUGGACACCGGCAUCUGCUGGCUUCACCGGGAGGCAUAGCAAUCAACUCGCGGUCUGAGUCUAGGAAUAGUGGCUCUGCCAAGGCCAAGUGCCGUAUCCGCCACUAUAUCCGACAAUAUGUUGAUGUCAUGAUUGAUACUCGCGUUAUGCCAUAUAUCGGCCACACUGUCAAAACUGCUAUUUCUGAGGCUGCUGAUCAGAUUCUUGAUCUCGGAAAAACGAAAGAAGCCGAAGUCUGUGAGCUGAUCGACGAUGGCAUUACUGAGAUACAGAUUAAGGCUGAUGAGUGUUCACGGGAAAUAGAAGACAUAACAGAAAAAUGUACGUAUAGAAUCGAAGAUCAAGGAGAACAGUGCAUGAAUGAUGUUGAGAGGAAGGGAAUCGAGGUUGAAAUGGCUGUGGACGAAAAGGUAGCGAAGUUUAAGCGCUGGUUGAGUGCUCCUGCGCAGCCCUUGGUUGAUGAGUUGGAUACUAAUUCUAGACGCAAUUCUAUCUAG